AGUAAAGAAAGAAAAGCCUUCUUUACAAUCCUACACAUUCAUUCAAUGACCAUAACCAAAAUAAGGCCUUAUUCACUUCAUCCACACACAGACGUUUUAUUUGUGUUCAUUAUUCAAAUUCAUUCCCUACCAACAUCACUUUCACUUACUGAGUGUGAAGUGGCACAUUCAUUCACAUAAUCUUUUUUUUUCUUCUCUAUUUCUUUCUCUGCAACUUGUUUGUGUUACUGGAGCUGUCCCUGAUUGUGCUUGCUGUUUUAUCAUGGCUCUCUGUGCAUUUGCAUUCCCUUUCCAUUUGAACCAAACAAAAGCUUCUGAUCCUAGAAGAUCAACUCCUCCACCUUCUCACUCUCAAUGGGGUGCAGAUCUGCUUUGCCAAUCCCAACACAGGUUCAGCAAGGUCAGGGAAAGGCCAUGUGGGGUUUAUGCAUCACUAUCAGAUAUGGGGGAGUAUCAUUCUCAGAGACCACCAACUCCCCUAUUGGACACCAUAAACUAUCCAAUUCAUAUGAAGAAUCUCUCUACCAGGGAACUGAAACAACUUGCUGAUGAGCUGCGUUCUGAUGUUAUUUUCAAUGUUUCUAGAACUGGGGGUCAUCUGGGGUCAAGCCUUGGUGUUGUAGAACUCACUGUUGCCCUUCACUAUGUUUUCAAUGCUCCCAAAGACAAAAUCUUAUGGGAUGUUGGUCAUCAGUCUUAUCCACAUAAAAUACUCACUGGUAGAAGGGAUAAGAUGCAUACCAUGAGGCAGACAAAUGGAUUAUCUGGGUUUACAAAACGCUCUGAGAGUGUAUAUGAUUGUUUUGGCACCGGCCACAGCUCAACAACAAUAUCAGCAGGGUUGGGAAUGGCUGUUGGGAGGGAUCUGAAGGGAGAAAAGAAUAACGUAGUUGCUGUUAUUGGUGAUGGUGCCAUGACAGCUGGUCAAGCUUAUGAAGCAAUGAACAAUGCUGGAUAUCUUGAUUCUGACAUGAUUGUUAUUCUAAAUGACAACAAACAAGUCUCUCUACCAACUGCUACGCUUGAUGGUCCCAUACCACCCGUAGGUGCUUUGAGUAGUGCUCUCAGUAGGUUACAAUCAAACAGACCUCUUAGAGAACUGAGAGAGGUUGCCAAGGGAGUAACUAAACAAAUUGGUGGCCCUAUGCAUGAGUUUGCAGCAAAAGUUGAUGAAUAUGCUCGUGGCAUGAUAAGUGGUUCUGGAUCAACACUUUUUGAAGAGCUUGGACUUUACUAUAUUGGUCCUGUUGAUGGUCAUAACAUAGAUGAUCUUGUUGCCAUUCUCAAUGAAGUUAAAAGUACUAAAACAACCGGUCCUGUACUGAUCCAUGUUGUCACUGAAAAAGGCCGUGGAUACCCAUAUGCAGAAAAAGCAGCAGACAAGUACCAUGGAGUCACCAAGUUUGAUCCAGCAACUGGAAAACAAUUCAAAGCCAAGGCUACCACCCAGUCAUACACAACAUACUUUGCAGAGGCUUUGAUUGCAGAAGCAGAAGCUGACAAAGACAUUGUUGCAAUCCAUGCUGCCAUGGGAGGUGGAACUGGCAUGAAUCUCUUCCUUCGCCGUUUCCCAACAAGAUGCUUUGAUGUGGGGAUAGCAGAACAGCAUGCUGUUACAUUUGCUGCGGGUCUGGCUUGUGAAGGUCUCAAGCCUUUUUGUACAAUUUACUCAUCAUUCAUACAGAGAGCUUAUGACCAAGUGGUGCAUGAUGUAGAUUUGCAGAAGCUGCCUGUAAGAUUUGCAAUGGACAGAGCUGGAUUAGUUGGAGCAGAUGGUCCCACACAUUGUGGUUCUUUUGAUGUUACUUUUAUGGCAUGUCUCCCUAACAUGGUGGUGAUGGCUCCUUCUGAUGAAGCAGAGCUUUUCCACAUGGUUGCUACUGCAGCUGCCAUUAAUGAUCGACCUAGUUGUUUCCGAUAUCCAAGGGGAAAUGGGGUUGGUGUUGAACUACCCCCUGGGAAUAAAGGCAUUCCUCUUGAGAUUGGAAAAGGUAGGAUAUUGAUUGAAGGGGAAAGAGUGGCUCUCUUGGGCUAUGGAGCAGCUGUUCAGAACUGUGUGACUGCAGCUUCCUUGUUGGAACAUCAUGGCUUGCGUGUAACAGUGGCUGAUGCACGUUUCUGCAAGCCAUUGGAUGGUUCCCUUAUUCGCAGUCUUGCAAAAUCUCAUGAGGUUUUGAUCACUGUAGAAGAAGGAUCAAUAGGAGGAUUUGGGUCUCAUGUUGCUCAGUUCAUGGCCCUUGAUGGCCUUCUUGAUGGAAAAUUGAAGUGGAGGCCAAUGGUUCUUCCUGAUUGUUAUAUUGAACAUGGAUCACCUGCUGACCAAUUGUCUAUGGCUGGUCUUACACCAUCUCACAUAGCAGCAACAGUAUUCAAUAUACUUGGACAAACAAGAGAGGCACUAGAGGUGAUGUCAUAAAAGAAAUGCAAAGGGGUUCAAUUUUUUCAAUCCCCACAAUAUACAAAAUAGCAUGAUUCACCUUGAUUAAUACAAAGAUGUUAGCACAUGAAUUAUAUAAGUGGACAAUGCAGAUUGUCAAAUAGUAGUAGUACCUACUAGUUGUAAUGGGGCAAGAAUGUUAGUUUUUUUGUGACUGCACAAAGGCUUUUGUGUUGGGUUAUCUACACCUAAUGUGAGGUUGUACAAUUCUAAGGUCCAUUCUGGGCAUGCACAAGUUUGGAUUUAAAUGGUUACUUAAUAUUUGAUCUAAUAGUAAUUGGAACUUAAAGUUAACUAAAUCAUAGCACUUAAGAGACAAUCCCGAAUAAGAAGGAAGCAAACAUUGCCGGGGGAAAGAAACUACCUUCAUUAAUCUUCAGCUAUGAGACAACUCUUGAUUGUGAUAGAUGAUAUUGAUACUUCAUAACAAAGUCAUUGGAAUUUGGAAAUGUCCCUACCAGAGGUUAACAUAUAUCUGCUCAUUAAAAUCUUGUGGAAAAUGUAUGAACUCCAAAAUUAUUGACAUUUUAGGGAGUUACUCAAUUGCUUUCCUAUGAUCUUUGAAUUGAAUGGAAACUGCCCCUCCUUCUUCCAAGAACAUGCAUGGAUGAUGCAACCUGUCAAUUUAAGAAGCACAAGUCUUGCCCCCUUCUUACUCUUAUUUCUUUUCAUUGACUUUUCUAGUCUUAAUCUGAUCAGGAAGAAACCAUUUAUGUCUGUACUAAACAAAAUGGCGUACAUACUGUU